AGAACCUUCCUGCCUCCGCGUUCGGACCUCGCUGCUCCAGCCUCUGGGGCAAGUUCCAUCCUUUCAGCGUGCGACCAGCAGAGAAAAAAGAAAUUAAAUAUUUUCUUGCCCCGUACAUACACUGAGGCGAGCAACAACAUUAAAAUAAAUUUUAGCCAUGAGGGAAAUCGUGCACAUCCAGGCUGGUCAGUGUGGCAAUCAGAUCGGUGCCAAGUUCUGGGAGGUGAUCAGUGAUGAACACGGCAUCGACCCCACUGGUACCUACCACGGGGACAGCGACCUGCAGCUGGACCGUAUCUCCGUGUACUACAAUGAAGCCACAGGUGGCAAAUAUGUUCCUCGAGCUAUCUUGGUGGAUCUAGAACCUGGGACCAUGGACUCCGUUCGCUCAGGUCCUUUUGGCCAGAUCUUCAGACCAGACAACUUUGUUUUUGGUCAGUCUGGGGCAGGCAACAACUGGGCCAAGGGCCACUAUACAGAGGGUGCCGAGCUGGUUGACUCGGUCCUGGAUGUGGUGCGGAAGGAGGCCGAGAGCUGUGACUGCCUGCAGGGCUUCCAGCUGACCCACUCACUGGGUGGUGGCACAGGCUCUGGAAUGGGCACCCUGCUCAUCAGCAAGAUCCGUGAAGAGUAUCCUGACCGCAUCAUGAACACCUUCAGUGUGGUGCCCUCACCCAAAGUGUCCGACACUGUGGUUGAGCCCUACAAUGCCACCCUCUCCGUCCAUCAGUUGGUAGAGAACACUGAUGAGACCUAUUGCAUUGACAACGAGGCCCUCUACGACAUCUGCUUCCGUACACUCAAGCUGACCACACCAACCUAUGGAGACCUUAACCACCUUGUCUCAGCCACCAUGAGUGGUGUCACCACCUGCCUCCGCUUCCCUGGCCAGCUCAAUGCUGACCUCCGCAAGCUGGCAGUCAACAUGGUGCCCUUCCCACGUCUCCACUUCUUCAUGCCUGGCUUUGCCCCUCUCACCAGCCGUGGAAGUCAGCAGUAUCGGGCCCUCACUGUGCCCGAACUUACCCAGCAGGUCUUCGAUGCCAAGAACAUGAUGGCUGCCUGUGACCCCCGCCAUGGUCGGUACCUCACCGUGGCUGCUGUCUUCCGUGGACGGAUGUCCAUGAAGGAGGUAGAUGAGCAGAUGCUCAAUGUGCAAAACAAGAAUAGCAGCUACUUCGUGGAAUGGAUCCCCAACAAUGUCAAGACGGCUGUCUGCGACAUCCCACCUCGUGGCCUCAAGAUGGCGGUCACUUUCAUUGGCAACAGCACAGCCAUCCAGGAGCUCUUCAAGCGUAUCUCAGAGCAAUUCACUGCCAUGUUCCGCCGCAAGGCCUUCCUCCACUGGUACACAGGUGAGGGCAUGGACGAGAUGGAGUUCACCGAGGCUGAGAGCAACAUGAAUGAUCUCGUCUCUGAGUAUCAGCAGUACCAGGAUGCCACCGCAGAAGAGGAGGAGGAUUUCGGUGAGGAGGCCGAAGAGGAGGCCUAAGGCAGAGCCUGCCAUCACCUCAGGCUUCUCAGUUCCCUCAGCCUUCUUCCUCAACUGCCCCUUUCUUCUCCUUCACAAUUUGUGUUUGCUGCCUCCAUCUUGUUUGUUCUUUCGGGGGGAGGGGUCUAGCGCAGUGCCUGUCAUAUAAUAGGCGCUCAAUAAAUGUUUGUUUGUUGAAUGUCUCCUUUCUCUUUCCACUCUGGGAAACCUAGAUUUCUGCCAUUCUGGAAAAUCCUGCAUUUCCUUUUGGUGCCCCCACUCCUCCCAUCUGUCCAGUUAAUAUUUCCUUCUGUUUUCAGAAUAAUUUCCCAAGAAGCUGGGUCUCAUCCAGAUUUCAUUUAGAGCCAACUGGUAGCAGAAAACCCAGAAAAUGGCCACCAUCCUAAGCCCAAAUAGUAGCCAGGGGGAAAGGAGGUAGAAGAUAGCAGGUAGAAAUCACUGCAAGGAAGGGGAUGGGACUUUCUAUUCUAGAACAGUUUUGGAGAGGGCAAUCCCAGCUAUUAAGUCAUAAUUUCCAGGUAUUUCUGUGCUCCAUCUCUCAGCUUCAGGGGAGGUGUUAACAGUAUUAUCUCCAUUUCAGUUUCCCUUCAGGCUCUGUCCUGAGCUCUGUUUCCUUUGGAGGGGUCUGCCCCACUCUGCCAACUGGGAUUCUUGCAUCUCCCACUUUACCUCCCUCACUUUGGAUCCCUUCCUUUCCCCUCAUCAGAGAAGGGGGGGAUCAAGAGGGGAAGAGACCAGCUUAGGUCCUUAAGUCUCCAGAAAUGCCCUCCUUAUCCCCUUUUCUUACUCCCAAAGAAGGAAGAAAAUCCCUGACAUGUAGAAAGGUGCACACAGCCACCUAAAUGAGUCAUUCCCCAGAGGAGAGGACAGGAUGCCCUCCAUCUUUUUUGCAACAUUUCAUCUCUUCCUUUUGCUAUUGCCUUUCCCAACCACACUUGGUUUUGUUCUAUCCUACACUUCAGAUUUCUAUUUUAUGUUUAACUUGCUUUUUUUCAUAUUGAAAAGUUGACUGCCCCAAGAGCCAAAAAUAAAUGAGAACUGAAAAAA